AAAUGAAUUGUGGGACCCACUUAACGUAAGGCAAAAUCCCUUCCUUUCUUUGCCCGCCAAGACGAAACCCUUAAGUUCCCCCCGGGUGGGGUGAUGCGUCAAAGGCCAAGACACCAAUUGCCUAAGACGCCAAGUUUCUGUGGUUUGUGUUUGAGAAUAGCAUGGAGGGUAUUCUUGUCAGGAGGGUCAUUCCCUCAGACAACAGCUGCCUCUUCAAUGCCGUCGGAUACGUUAUGGAUCAUGACAAACACAGAGCUCCUGAACUAAGACAGGUUAUAGCCGCAACAGUGGCUAGCGAUCCAAGGAAGUACUCCGAAGCAUUUCUUGGAAAAACAAAUGAAGAGUAUUGUGCCUGGAUUCUUGACUCAGAGAAAUGGGGAGGGGCCAUUGAACUUUCAAUACUAGCAGAUUAUUAUGGACGUGAAAUUGCCGCAUAUGACAUCCAAACAGCUCGAUGUGAUUUGUAUGGCCAGGACAUGAAGUAUCAAGAGAGAGUUUUGCUGAUAUAUGAUGGCCUUCAUUAUGAUGCCUUAGCUAUGUCUCCCUUUGCGGAAGCUCCAGAGGAGUUUGACCAAACAAUAUUUAGUGUGCAGAAGGCUAGGAGUAUUGGGCCUGUCGAAAGGGUUGCUAUGGAUUUUGUCAUGGAAGAACAGAGGAAGAGGAGAUUUACAGACACCGGAAACUUCACUCUACGAUGUGGAGUAUGCCAAAUUGGCGUUGUUGGCCAGAAGGAAGCCAUGGAGCAUGCACAGGCGACUGGCCAUGUCAACUUUCAAGAAUACAGAUAAAGAUACAAGAAAGGGAUAAAAAAUGAGAGACCCAAUUGUUCUGUUGGUGAGCUUUUUGAGAUAAUCUACCUGAUUAUUUUCUUAUGAUAAUUUAAUUUCUCAUAAGUCAUCAUUGGAUUGUUGGGGACAAAAUAAUAAAUUGAUUAUAUUUUAUUUGGGUAACUAUUAUGUAUCAGAAAAAAAAUGGUUUACUGUUGUAGAAUCCUUUAUGUGCUUUAUACAUGUUGUAGGAAUGAAAUGGAAAUUUAAUUGUUUA